AUAUGUCACUUGGGCAUCAUAUCGUGUCAGCAUCCACAAUGGCUCCUCGUCCAACUCCCCGCUCUGCGCAAGCCCUCGAAAACAGACGAUCCCGAGGUACACAGUCCUACCGAUGCCGAGUCUGUAAGGGGAUUCAUCCUCUUCGGAAAUGCAACCGUUUCCUGAGGUUGUCCUCCGAGAAGAGGCUUCGAGCAGUUCUGAUUAACAAGUACUGCUCGAAUUGCCUAGCGCACCAGCACUCGGAGGGGGCUUGCCGCAGCGGGGACAAGUGCAAAAAAUGUGGACAGAACCACCACACUCUGCUCCACUUCCGUGAGCAGCCAGUGGUGCGACGCCCAUCACCACGUCCGUCUCCAUCGCCUUCGCCAUCACCAUCGCCGUCGCCAUCACCAUCUCCGUCGCCAUUAUCAUCGCCAAGAUCGUCGGUUUCCAGGGCCCAUCCAUCGGCAGGACGACGCAGGAGUCCCGUGCGAUCUACGCAGCCUGCCACGCCAUCCGUGGUUUCCGUGGCUCCGUUGCUGCAUAUAUUGCCAACGGCAAUAGUGGUGCUGGACACUGGCACUACGAAGUACGAGGUCGGUGCGCUCAUCGACACUUGCACCGCAAUGAGCUCGAUCGACAGCUCACUGGCCGCGGCAUUCCGACUCGCCACGACCAAUUUGGGCGACGAACGCGUGUGUGCGGUGACCAUCCGGUCCCGUACUUGCGAUUUCGCCACCAAUGCGGUCCUAAAGGUGUCCGCCGGCACGCGGGUCCGCACGCCACGACGGGCAUUGAGCGACGAGGUUCGGUCGAGGUAUGACGACAUUCGUCUUGCCGAUGACCAGUUUCAUCGUCCGGCGACUGUCUCCCUGGUAUUGGGGUCCGACUUAUACACGAAGAUCAUCCAGCCAGGGUUCCUAAAACUCGAGGACAGUCUGCCCGUCGCUCAGUGCACGGUGUUUGGGUGGAUCGUGUCAGGAGCGUGCCGACUAUCCUGA